UGUUGAAAGUAAUGCUGCAGCCAUUGUCCGUAGGCUUGUGCAAAAUAUAUGAGACAUUUCCGAAAUAAAAUGACACACAAGACUACUUUUAAUAUUGAGGAUUUGUUUUCACUUCUCCAUGUUGCACUGGACUGAGGGACACAAGGGAUCUAUUAAUAUCACCAGUUGGUGGGCUGUAAUCCAAAAGGUCAUUAAGCUCUGUGCGGAAGACGGUUGCUUGUUGUGAUAUGGCCUGUCAAGCAAACAACAUUCACGCUGAGCGGAUAAACCAACUCGAGGAAGAUGACACUAUUUUCCAGCCUGACGUCAUGCUACAAGUAGAUGGAGAGUCUUUUUACGUCAGCCGUCCUCAGCUUGCGCUUCAGAGCCCCUACUUCCGGGCUCUCUUUUUUGGCUGCGGUGUUGAAAGCACAAAAAGGAGAAUAGAGCUCAGAGGGGUUCGCUUGCAGCAUUUCAAGGCGUUAAUGCACCAUAGCCGGACUUCCAUUCUCACUCUGGACAGAGAAAAUGUUUUGGGGAUCCUUGAGACCGCAGAUUUUCUCCAGCUGGAGCGAGCCAAACUGCUGUGCUGCAAAUUCCUCGAACGUGAGCUCCACCUCUGCAAUUGUUUGGGAAUGAUGGCUUUUGCCUGGCAGCGAGGCUGCGCUCAGCUCUACAGUGCAGCAAGGCAGGUAGCCCUCACUCACUUCUCUGCUGUUGUCUCUGAAGAGGACUUCCUGUCCUUGUCUAAGGAGACUGUGGCAAACCUACUCGCCAGCGACGACCUGGCCAUCCAGAGAGAGGAUUUGGUGCUGGAGGCGGUCUUACGCUGGGUGUCCUUUGACAACAAAAGAGAGGAACACUUUCUUGAGCUCAUUGAGCUGGUGAGACCUGAGUCUCUGUCGUUGACAUUCAUCUCUAAACUUUUGGAUACAAUGACAAACAGUUCUGACACGACAGCCAAACUGAUCCGCAUGCUGAAUGAUCAUUUUCCAAAGUCCUGGUCGAUUGGGAGGUCCCUCCAAAGGAUCAAGCAAAGUCUCUUCGUUGUGGGAGGACCUCAUGAUCAGGAACAGCAGGCAUCCUACCAGUUUCAUCCACUCAGUGGGAGAUGGCAAAAUUGUGCACCUCUGCAGAGGAAGAACCUCACGCAGUACUCAGUAGCAGCAGUAGGAGACAGUGUGGUUGUGACAGGGGGCUACUUCCGUGACGUGCUGUGGUUCAGCGUGGACUGGGUCAGAAGAUACGAAUGUGGGAGCCAGCGGUGGAUGGAUGGCCCUGCUUUGCAGAAGUCCAGGCACAGCCACUGCUCCAUUGCGCUGGAUUCCGUCCUGUAUGUCUUGGGGGGCAGCAUGGACGAGGGGCUGGUGGCUGAUGUUGAAAGACUGAUCCUGGGGUCAGACGGGGGUUGGGAAAAUGUCAGCCCCAUGAGUAGGGCGGUGGAAAGGGCAGCCGUAGCCGCUCUGGGCCAGUGUAUUUAUGUCGCGUGUGGUCUUGAUGAAAAUGGAGAGGCGUUUGGGGGAAUACAGCGGUAUCACACCAGAGAGAAUCAUUGGGAUGUCAUCUCCUAUUCUCCUUUUCCACGAUAUGACCUGGUUGCCACGGAGCUCAAUGGUGCCAUCUAUCUGUUUGGAGGCCAAGCUUUGCGCUUUGACGUGGAGACAGACGAGUGGACUGUUCUGCAGGAGGAAUUUCUGGAGAAAAAGUUCUUCUGCGGCUGCACCACAGUCAAUGGCCAGAUAUUCCUGUUGUGUGAGAAAAAGAGUAACAAAGCACUCCCCAAUAUGGUUUGGUUUGACCCUUACGUGGACACUUGCAUCAAGGUGGACAAUGCAAUACCAUGUCCUGUUCCACUCAGAGGGUGUGUCACCAUGCAAGUACUUACAUGAAAGUGUGUGAGGUUGACAUAAAUAUGUUGACUGACAUUAAAGCACACCAGGGAGGGGCAAUUAAAAUGCUGGGCCACAAUAUUUCAUCAGUGCGACAGGGGCUUCACUAUACACCUACAAAAAUACAUGCUCUUGUUAUAUUCCCUUUUUGAUAAUACAUUUUUCUAUGCACGCAUGAAAAAUCCAUGAUCCGAACCCAACAGCAAAAAGUUUGAAGCAAACAUCAAAAUAAUCACAUACCGCUACUGUAUUUUGUUUUUGUUCAAGAACACGACAAACCUGAAGAAACCAAUAUUAACUGCAAGAACUCAUUUUGUCAAAUUUUUUUCCCCACAAAAAUAGACUCAACAUUUCAAUAUUAUUGAAGUACUAUGUUCGUCCUGAAUAUAAUUCCAAAUCCGACCAAAAAUGACUGACUGACAAUGUUAGUGCACCCAACCCAUCUCUGCCAUCUAGUGGUGCUUGGUGAUAAUACAACUUAAAAAAUAGAGUUGACCCCUGCAUUUCUUUUUUGUUAAGCAGUCAAAGGGCCACUCAGAGUGCGGGGCCGCGAGUUGCCUGUUGCCUGCUCUCAAGUUCCUGGCCUAAGAAAGCAAAUUUUCAUCAAAUGAUGACGUGUGAAAAUACGACAGGAGUCUUUGCAGGGAGGGUUUGAGCCACUUUUAAUGAAAAACAAAAAUUACUGGAGGUUGAUGGUUCAGCCCUUUUAGUGCUCCAUAUUGUUGUCCACCACUUUGCUCUAGCACACUUGUCUUUUGUGUGAGUAUAUCCCUGUGUUAUACUGCCGGUAACCACAAAUUCAUACUCAUGAAUUUACUG